AAAGUCAUACCAAAAUAUGUCAAUACUCACUUGACAUUAAGAAAUGCGGAAACUCUUCUUGUUGCUCGCCAAAACGUCACGAAGAGGCAGCCAUUCUUCUUGCGGAAAAUAACGGAUUUCUCCCACCUGUGACAAAAGGAAAAGAUAGGCAUUUCCUGAAUCCGCUUCAUAUAUUAGAAUAUUGUGAUAAGCUCAAAAUACCUGGAUAUGAUGCCCACUGUCCUUCCAUUAGUUCAAGCACUUAUAAUCGUCUCUGUUGUUCUGACUGCAAUGCAUACUUUCCGACUCUUUCUCUCGUUGCCCUACAUAAGAAAAACCAACAUCCAAGAAGACGAGGGCGACCAGUCAAGCAAAAAAAACCACUUACCAAUUCCGUUGAUGAUUUUUCUGUACAGGACGCACAAGUUCUAAUCUUAAAUGACCGGGAAGUACAUUCGGAGG